AUGCGAUGGGAGCUCUGCCAUCAUCUGGACCGAGAAAAGUUUCCUGUUGCCCAAUUCAAACUCGACCAAUCCAUGCUCAAGUUGAACGAGGCAUAUCCACCCGUAUUGACUAUACGUCGGGAUCCAGAGGCAUCGACAGGCAACAUGAGCCACAUUCAAAUUGGAUGGCCUCAGCUUCCCCCAACUGCGAGUCAGACACAAUAUGAUGUCCUACGGCAGUGGCUGAAGGACUGCGAUGCAGAGCACCUCGAAUGUUCACGUCAGAAACCCACCCACUUGCCCACAAGACUCAUGCAUCUCAAAGGCCAGGGGCGUAGUACUAUCAGUCUCUACGAAACCCAACCUACAGACGCCUUCGAGUAUAUUGCUUUGUCUCACCCGUGGGGCAAAGGGCCACAUUUUCGGACCACUCUGGCCAACGUUGAAGCACACCGGAAGGGCAUUGGGUUCGAGGCGCUACCGGCCACAUUUCGACACGCUGUCGUUGUUUCCCGUGAGCUUGGCAUUGACUACCUCUGGAUCGACUCGGUCUGCAUAAUCCAAGGAGAAGGGGGGGACUUUAACCAGGAAGCCAAGCGCAUGGAAGAUGUUUUCAGUUCGGCAUUCUGCGUGCUUGCUGCAAGCAGUGCGCGCGGGCAGAACGAUGGCUUCUUGAAUCCGCGAUCCCACGCACGUCAGCACUUGACUUUCGACCGCAUCGGGGGGCUGCCCAAGUUCUUCUUGGGCCCUUUUAUGGACAAUUUCAACCAAGAUGUGCUGGAAGCACCGCUGAGCAGGCGCGGGUGGGUACUACAGGAGAGAGCGCUGGCACGAAGAACUAUCUAUUUCACCGACAGCCAAACAUAUUGGGAAUGUGGAAAAACAGUCAGGUGCGAGACACUGACCAGAAUGGACAAUAAACUUGUAUCGUUCCUUGGCGAUGCCCACUUCCCGUCUAAGCUGUCCAACGAAUCAACCUCGCGCGGCGAAAAGAUACUCUUUUACGAGGGUCUCUAUAGCCUCUACACGCGCCUCGAGUUCACACGCAUAUCAGACAGACCUAUUGCCAUUGCCGGGCUCGAGAAGAGGCUCAUCCGCGACCUCAAGGCACACGGUGGCUUUGGCGUUUUUGACGACGGCCGCAGCCUCUUGCAGCGCAGCCUCCUGUGGCGGCGCGGACGGGAAGUUACGGCACUUACAAGAAUCGACCCGGAUCCCUCUUCUGUCUCCGUGCCCACCUGGUCGUGGAUGGCCUACGACGGCGGGGUGGAUUACCUUGACCUGCCACUUGGAGGGGUCCAUUGGCUGCCGUCCACCGAGGCCAUACAGAGCCCGUGGGCUUCUGAAGGCACCGAUACAUGGCAUACUGAUGAUGGGAAAGAAUCCGUCGAGUUGGAGGCAUGUGCAAGGCCCUUUGCAGCAGCGCCCGGCAGCCGGGGGCUGACCACCCAUGAUGAGAUCAUGAUAGUUUAUGACAACCCAAAUAUGAUGAACAGGGAGGACGGGGAUCUUAUGUGCGUCGUGGUUGGCAGCGCAAGGAACAAGGGUUCUAUCGAGGAGGACAUGGUGCACUAUGUUUUGGUCAUCGCUUUGUCUCAGGGGUUGUCCUACGCGGAAGACGGAAGGCAGAGGUAUGAGAGAGUCGGUGUGGGCCGCAUGAAGGGCAAGUUUCUCGAUCUGAAGUCCCCGGCCCAGACUGUGGUCGUUCGCUAG